UAGGCUAAUGGAGGACACAAUACAAACUAGCUGGCUUGGCCAUUCUCCACCUAACAUUCUAAAGCAUUUCUGGACACUUGUAUACCAUUAAAAAAUAUAUGUAGAUUGGGAUCUUCAUUAUAAACGAAAUUCAGAGCCUUGUCCAAAACAAAACUACAUAAAUACUGUUAUCACAACCAUUUUUCACAAGAAAACUCAGACCUUAAAAUGGCAACACAACUCAUUGAGAGUCACAAAGAGAAUGCUGAGAUUUACUAUGGAGAAGAUGUUUGCCAGCUAAAAUCUUUAGAGCUGCUAGAGGAGAUCUCUCUCCCCAAAGGCAUCUUACCUGUGGAAAUUGUGGAGUUUGGACGAAAACGAUCAACUGGGUUUGUCUGGAUGAAGCUGAAGAAAAAGAAAGAGCACAAAUUCAAGCAAAUUAAUAAGUUGGUCUCGUAUAAUACUGAGAUCACCUUUUUUGCCGAGAAGGGUGGUGUUAAGAAAGUGACAGGCGUCAAGAGUAAGGAGCUGUUCUUAUGGGUUAGCAUUUCUGACAUAUUCAUCGAAGAUCCUUCUUCUGGCAAGAUUUUCUUUGCUAUUCCCAGUGGCAUCAGAGCACAUUUCCCUAUCUCAGCUUUUGAGCUAGAAGAGGACAAGGAUGAUGACAAGAAUAAUAGUCCAAUUUUGAUUCAACUAGGCUUUAAGCCUGAUUUCGAUUCCGUUAGGCUUCAGGCUCAAUUUGAUUGA